AGCCAUUUUGACUCAUCGAUUUUGUAAAAUAGUUUAAUAAACCCGGAUCUCUUUGCUUCUUGCCUGAAUUGAAAAUGCUUAUCCUUUCCAUCUUUUAACUCCUCAACCCAUACCAUACCUACUCUACUUGCUUCCCAUAAAUUGCAACCAGCCAGCCAACCAGCACACACAUACAGAGAGAGAGAGAGAGAGAGAGAGAGAGAGAGAGGCUUGGGGCUUUGAGGUGGUGAGAAAAUGGAAAAAGAAGGGCUUAAGAGGGAGCCAGAGGAAUUGGUGUUGGAAGGAGAAGAAGAAGAAGAAGAAGAAGAAUUUGGGAUGCUAGUGAGGGGUUCAAAAUAUAAUAUUGAACGUGAAAUUUCCAAAGAAGUGAGUAAUUGUCAUAGUGAGAAAAAUGGGUAUGCAAAUUUACCCUCAGUGACUGAAAAUGGAAGUCAAGAAUCAAGCUUUGAUGGUGACCAAGAAGGGGCAGAGGAGCAUGUUGACUCAACACCAGCUGAUAGAGCUGAAAUCAAAGAUUGUCUGCCAAGACUGGAGAAUUGUGUUUACUUUGACAAAGAUGAAGAUGGUAAAUUAACGUCUUCAUCAUCAUCUGUAGAAGAAAGUAACAAGAGAAAUCCAGGAGAUGUUUGUAUUGAGGGGAGUCUUCUUACUGAUCUUCAAUAUCAUGGAAAUUUGAAGGAUGAAAACCUGUCAACUUUUAAUAUUUUGCCCACUGAAACUUUACCACAAGAACCUGGUACAGUUCACAAAUUGUCAACUGUUGAAGAGAUAGAAAGUGCUGAUGUUGACCGGAUAACGGAUAGUGAAAUUGAUGCGAAGGAUUAUGACGUCGAGAAUGUGUUACGUAAGCAGAAUACUCAUGAUCUGUACUGCCCCAACUGCCAUUCCUGCAUAACCAGAAGAGUUAUUCUUCGCAAAAGAAAACGAAAGGUUCGAAUUUCUAGUGAAGAUGUUAAACGUAACAAAUUGGAGACUGCAAAUGAAUCCAAAUCUUAUGUUAGCCCCACGCAACUGAGCAGUGAUCAAUGUCAUGAUGAGCCACUGAUCUCUCUUGAUGAUACUCCAAUAUCAGCUGCCAGUGGUUUUCAUCGUGAUUGUGAACCAGAGAUAUUCAGAUGUUUAUCGUGCUUCAGCUUUUUUAUUCCAACAGGGAGUGGCUUCAAGUUGUUCCAGAUUUUUGGUGAAAAAGGUGAUAAAGAAAAUAAGAGAGAUGAGCAAGGAGUGAGAAUGAGCAAAAGCUGGUUUUCCUCCAUUUUUGCAUCGGAUAAAGGGUCUGCUGAUCAAGGAAAAGAUCAUAAGUUAGAUGUUGGGAAAAACAAUAAUGAAGUAAUUUUACCGUCAUCCAACUUGUGUGAUAAGAGUGAUCAAUCCUUGUCCAUUCAAGAAACCAUUCCACCUGUUCAUGUUGACAGCAGAAGCAUUGACCCUCAUGAAACUGAAGCUAAUAUCUCAACUUCUCAAAACGAGCUAGAAAGAGCUGGAAAAAUAAUUAAUGACGCAAUCGAUAUAUCAGUCUGUGCAAUAAUGGGCAAGAAAGGAGAUCCAGUCAACCACUUCGAAGUAGAUACCAACCAUCAAUUAAAUUUAUCAAAUGGAAUUGAAGAAAAUGGUGCAAUUAACGAGUCAUUGACUCCUCCUGCUAACAAAACUCAAGUUAGUAGUGAAAGAUUUGUAGAGAGUACUUUGUCAGCAUCCCAAACUGGGCUGAAGAUUUUGAUAACUUCAAAUGAGGAGUCCAUGACUCUUGAGAAGAAGCAAGCUGAUAAAAUAUGUGAUAGUCCAGAUGGUGUAUGUACAGAUGAUGAAGCUGAAGUUGCACUGACAUCACCAGUUUUUGUACUUAAAGGAUCAGAAGGUGAAACUAAAUUGGAUAUUUCAACAGAUUUUCCUCAACAACACAUUGGAGCCGUUCUUCUCAGUGAACCUCCGGUUGAAAAUAAGGAUGCAAUGUUCCAAACUGGUACUAAAGGCGAAGAUACCAUCAUUUCUGUAGUAGAAGCAGGGCCAACUGAAACUGCAGAAUCGAUGAAUUUGCCAAAUCUUGCGACUGAAAUGUGUGCAGUGGAGCAGCAAGGAACCAAUGCUAGAGAAGGGAACAAAAUCGAGAUCAUCAAAAGUAUUGUGUAUGGAGGUCUAGCUGAGUCGAUCACUAGCCUAAGCAUUGUAUCAUCUGCUGCUGCUGCUGGUACUGCUACGUUGAAUAUUUUUGCCCUCAGUGCUGCUAAUCUAGUUGGAGGAUUUCUCAUAAUCCUAAAUAAUCUUUGGGAAUUGAAGAAAGAUUGCCCUGAGCAGGCCUCAAACCAAAUUAUGGAGCAAGGAGAUCGAUACGGAAAACUGCUGGGCCACAGGGAAAAUUUCGUGAUCCAUGCCAUCGUUAUUGCGCUCUCAUAUGCAGUAUUCGCAUUAGUGCCUCCAACUGUGUACGGCUUCUCAUUUCGCAAGAGCGAUGACAUGGAACUCAAGCUCAUUGCAGCUGCUGCAGCUUCACUAUUAUGCAUCAUACUUCUGGCAACUGGAAAGGUGUAUGCCCAGAGACCACCCAAGUCUUACCUUAAAACAAUCACGUUUUACGUUGUUUUAGGUUUCGUGGUCUCGGGAGUUUCUUUUGCAGCCGGUCAGUUAAUCAAUAGGCUGUUGCUGAAGCUUGGUUUGUUCCAGUCAAGUUCAGAGGUGAACCUGUUCCAACCUGGGGUGACUCAAGCCCAUGCAGCAUGGGUAUCAUACUGAGGAUCAAAAGCUUAAUCAUAUGAUCAGCUCUCAAUAAAUGCCUUAUUUUUACUAGGGUUCUUAGCGCUGAGAAGAAGAAUUUUGAAAUAUGAGGAGUAAGAAUGUUAGAUGCAGUGUUUUUGUCCUCUUUUGGGAACAGGAAAAUUUGUAUUUGCACAUUGUUCCUUUCAACUCGAGUUAUGGUCAGAUAAUCUUUCUAGAAUUUUCAGUUUAA